GUAGAGACGACGCUACAAUAGCCAUUUUUGCUUUGUUUGUAAAAAAACAUUGCGAUCAUAUCGAUUAUUUUUAUUACAAAUGACAAAUAAAAUAUGUUCUAAAACGUUGAAUGGGAAUAUCUACGGUAUAAUUAUAAAAAAUGGAGCAAUUGUGCUGCGCUUGCCUGCGUACUGGACGUAAAUUGUACUUCAUCGUACAAACAGGCUUCUACGACCUAUAUUCACAAAUUUUGAAUGAAAUACAUGUGUAUAGCAUGUCGCAGCUGUGUGUGCGUGUGUGCUGGGAGUGCCGCGCGUCGCUGCAGCGCUGGCAGCGCUUCAAGGACCGAGCUAAACGCUCCUAUGCUCUGCUAAUGCACAUACACAAUAACAAUCCAGAAUUAAUAGCGCAACCGUCAAAUCUUAAAAUUGAGCACGUGACCAACAUCAGCUAUCCAGCAGUGAAGAUAAAAACCGAGGUGCCCUCCGACCAGCUCAGCAUGAACAGUAUUGUCGUGGAGGACGAGUUCAACACAGAGACCAAUGGGCUCUACCAUGUGGACGUCGAAGUGAAGAUAGAGACGGAGCACUGCGAGCCGGAGACGUUUGUCAACGACCUGCAUGUGGAAUAUGAUGAUGUGAAGGAACCCAAGAUACCAAAAGAGAAAAAUAAAAAGAAACUAAAAGAGAAGUCAGUGAACAAGAAGAUUAAAACGAAGAAAAAGAAAAAAUUAAAAGACGACUCAAAGAAGAAUAGAACAGAAGAAUCGUUACAACCGCAUUCUGACGGUGUGAGCGACAGAGAAGACUUUAACAACGAUAAUAAUGUUCUAGAAGUAUCAGCUCACCUUCUAGAAGAGUCUAGAGAUAUUCCAGAAGAGAAGAUAGAAGAAUUUAAAUGCAAAGUGUGUGAUGUUGUAUAUAAUUUGGAAAGUGACCUGAAAUCUCAUACUGAUACUGUACAUAAAGAGACUGAUAGAAUAAAGCAAGAGAGUAGAGAUAGAGUUAAGAGCAAACAAGAGAAGCCGCCGAGCAAGGAGGCGGGUCGCGACGAGCGGCCGCAGUGCGUCGAGUGCGGCAAGAUAUUUAGCUCCAGGAAGACGUACAGAUACCAUCUCAACGUGCUGCACAAGGGCCAGAACCGCUAUCCGUGUCCGCGGUGCGGCAAGGUCUACCAGUGGAAGAGUAACCUCGGCCGCCACAUGAGGAGUCACAAGGCGCGCGACUCGGGCGAGCUGUACUGCGCGGCGUGCGACAAGCGGUUCGCGUCCGUCGCCACCUACCGGCAGCACCUGCGGGUCUCGCGCCGCCACGUCGCCGAGGCAGAGUUCAGCUUCGUGUGCGACGACUGCGGCAAGAAGUUCGUGAACAAGACGCGGCUCCGGGACCACAUCGACUGGGACCACCUCAACAAGGUCAAGUUCCGCUGCCAGCUGUGCAACAAGCCGUUCAAGUGCCACACGUCGCUGUACGUGCACCUGCAGAACGUGCACCGGGAGCGCGGCCGCGACAACCUCUGCCACGUCUGCGGGAAGGCGUACCAGAACGCGGCCAAGCUGAAGUACCACAUAGUGGCGAUGCACACGUCGGAGACGCCGUACGAGUGUCCGCAGUGCGGCGCCGCCUUCGGCUGGUACUCCAGCCUCUACCGCCACCUGCGCGAGGUGCACUACAAGAUGAAAGCGCAGCCGAAGAAGUCGAAACGCGUGAAGCGUGGCGGCGAGCUGGUGCAGCCGGCGGCCGCGCCCGCCCACUGACCGCCACACGCAGCCACUCGCCAGCUACCCACCAACUGCCCGUCUCGUCACAGUUUUAUUUUACACUACUUGUGUACCGUGCUUUUUUUAGUAUAUGAUAAUGGUAUGGUAACCCCGCCUGCACUAUCGGUAUACG